UAGGAAUCGUGACAAGCUUCUAGUUACUCCGAUUGCUCCAUUGCACGAGGCCCGCGUAGUCAUAGUAAUGGGAUUUUAGAAAAUAGGAUUUUCAUACUAGAAUCUCGCAUCGAUUCCACAGGCCGUCUCUGAAAUCACAACUGUCAACUUACUUAAGAAACAUUAAGCCUGUUGCGACUUUGUAUUGAAUACAAACUUAAUCUCAAAUUUUACAGUUUGAAAAGUUUUUUUUGUAGUUCAAUUUUAUUUUAUAUCUUGCAUUCCGUUAUGUUGGCCCUUGAUAAACAUGAUCAGGAAAGUCAAAGUGGAGUAACUAAUGGAAUAACUGACGCAAACAAAAAACAAAUGUUUGAUACAUUUCAAACAUGGGCGUUAAAAACGUACGGGGACAGUGGUAAAACAAAAACUGUGACAAGAAAGAAAUAUGAACGAAUAGUGCGCAUUCUGACUGGAGAUGAAGAGCCGAGUACGGAAAAUUCCAAAUUUCGGUUUUGGGUGAAGGCAAAAGGAUUUAAACUCGGUCCCGGGACAGUCAAAGGUCGUGUCCAGAAUGUUUUAUAUGUACCUGUGAAGACAACGUGUGAGCAGUCAAAUGUUGACCAUGUGAAGGAAUAUAAGCGUGUAGCGAUUGUCGAGGAAUUCUUUGACAUCAUCUACAGUGUACAUGUUGAGAUGGAUGGAAGAGGUGGCAAACAUGCCGGUCAAAAGAGAACAUAUAGAGCUAUAGCAGAAACAUAUUCAUUUUUGCCACGCGAAGCGGUGACAAGAUUUCUAAUGGCCUGUGCCGACUGUCAAAAACGAAUGCAUAUAGGAUCUGACGUAUCACCAAAACACAACAACAAUAACAACAAUAUAGAUAAAUCGCUGGUUCCCCGCAUGAAUAACAUAGCAGGACAACAGCCUCAGUUUAUUGACUAUAGCGUACCGAUAACUCAGACAUAUCUAAAUCACAUGCGAAAUAACGGUUAUCUCCCUUCCCACGACUAUAUGGUCGACGAGGAGAGCAUGUCGAGCAUCAACAGUGAAAUGAGCACAGAAACCAGCUCAUCUCCUCUUCGUGAGGGAACCAGUCCAAAGCCAGAAUCGAAAACAGACGUUACUCCUGUGAAAGAAAAUGGUACGUCAAGCCCUGUCCCUAAAUCAGUAACGCCCGUCCCUGCAGGAGAUGACUUUUUCCCAUUAAACAUGAGUAAUACACCAAACUCAUUAUCACCUGUAUCACGUGACGAGAGCAAAGGUCACCCGGAGAGAAAACGGAAGUACAGUGAUGAUGACAGCUUAGAGACCUCGUCUAAGGCUAGUGAAUCUGGCACCCUAGAUGAUUCUAUCGUGAAAGAUGACGAUGAUGACAACGAUGAUGAUGAUGAAGACAAGGUUCCACCAGGAUCUAACAUUGACCCGGAGAGACUUAAAUCUUUUAAUAUGUUUUGUCGUUUGUUUGUUGAUGAAAACUUGGACAGAAUGGUUCCGAUUUCUAAACAGCCGAAGGACAAAGUACAAGCUAUUCUCGACGCAUGUGAUAGACAGUUUCCGGAAUUUCACGAAAGGGCACGAAAAAGAAUACGGACAUAUCUGAAGUCUUGCCGUCGAAUGAGGAGAUCGAAGGAAAAUGGCUGGGAACCAUUGCGACCAACGCCGCCACAUUUGACGUCUGCGGCAGCAGAGAGCUAUCUUGCCCAGGCAUGCGAGAACGAGAGUAUCAAUGCCAAGAGAAUGAGGAUGGGGCUUGAGCCCUUACCAGCGAGUGCUAUGCCUAUCACACACCAUCCACCCGCUGUUGUAUCCACACUGUCUACACCACAGAAGACCAACUCAGCGCAACCCUCACCUCCCCCGCCCUCACGCUCAGAAAAUAAAGACAGUGGAAAGGAUCAAACUCGUGAAAAUAGCCAAUCGUUGCUAACCUCGACUGCGGCCACGCUUAGUCAUGACCGCCACACUCCUGUCACUGUAUCCACGGCAGACUUCAUCCGCCAUCCUCCUCCGCCAACAGCGUUUAGGCCACCUCCAGAAUUCCCGCCAUUUUUUGCUAACGGAAAUGGAUUAUUCCGUCCUGGUUUCCCGGGUUAUCAACAUCCGGCUCAUCACCAUCCACCUGUAUUACACAGCCCUAUUCAAGCAACAAGUCUGCAAAACGGUGAGCGUCCAACAGAUCUGAGCAUGAAAAAAUCCUCGUCGAAAAAUCAACUUAGUUCAAGUGAAAUAACAACAAUAAAACAACUAAUUUCCGGGUACAGAGAAUCUGCAGCGUUCUUGUACAGGUCGGCAGACGAACUAGAACAACUGUUACUUCAACAGAACUAGUU